CUUCCCUCCAUAAUCCAUAACUUCCAUCUCUCCAUCCGUCGCCCGUUUUCUCUAUACUCUAGCUUGCGCGACCAUGCCGCGCGCGGUCAAGCACAAGCUCGUAUUCAACGAGAAGCUCCACCAGUCCGGCAAGGGUGGUGGCGCUGACGCGCUCCUCCGCCGCCUCAAGACACUGUUCCACGAACUUGUCAAGCUUGACCAAGAGCAGAUAGAUGUCAAAUCGCUCGACAAAGUUCGCGAGCAGCUCGUGCAGCGAGUCAUCAUCUUCCAUAAAGAUCGCGGUGUCAAAGCGUUCGCGGCAUGCUGCCUGGCUGAAUUGCUGCGAUUGUACGCACCUGAUGCGCCAUACACGGCCGACCAACUGCGCGACAUCUUCCAGUUCUUCAUUGCACAGAUUGUCGACGGCCUCAAAGGCCAUGGGUCGCGCGCCCCGAUCAAGAAGUACGAUAGCAUGGCGACUCAGCAGUCCCAGUCACAGCAGGCAACGCAAGGAAGCCGCAUUACAGACGCACCUUACUACACUGAAUACUGUCACCUGAUCGAGUCACUCGCGCAGAUCAAGUCUGUUGUCAUCAUCGUUGACCUUCCUUCCGCAGACGACUUGAUCACACGGUACUUUGAGGGCUUCUGCGAGAUUGCGCGCUCGGACAUGAACAAGUCGUUACUGCGCAACCUCGUUAGCAUCCUUGUCGAGCUCUUGAUGGAAUCGGAGAAGGCCCCACCGGGCGUGAUGUCCCUCAUCAUUAGCCAGUUCGAACAGUAUGGCUCCAAGCCAGAUACGCCGUCCUUCCAACUCAUCGUCGAUGUCUGCAACCGGAUAAGCGUCAAGGUCCUCCCUCCUGCAGUGCUGGCACACUUCUCCGACAUCCAGAUGUCACAUGGCCGCGAUCCAUCACCAGCAGAUCUCCAGGUUCUCAAGGAAUCCCACGCUCUCAUUCUCACCAUGUUCCGCAAUGCGCCCAACUUGUUGGUCAACGUAAUCCCUGUGCUCGAGGAAAACCUACGCGCUGUCGAGGAGGUGCCGCUCCGCCAGUUGUCGACAGAGACGCUCGGCACAAUGUUUGGCGAGCGGCCUAUUAUCGGCAAAGGCGUCGAGAGCGGCGUGGUGAUGAUUGCGAAGGCGUAUCCGGCUACCUGGCGCGCAUGGCUUGGCCGAAAAGUGGACAAAGCGCUGCCUGUGCGGCUGGCUUGGGUGCAGGCCACCGGCAAGAUCAUCGCGAAUCAGCCGGACCUGCGGAAAGAGGUAGAGGCUGACUUGGUUGAGCGAAUCCAUGACUCAGACGAGCGCGUCCGCGCCGCGAUCUGCAAGGUGCUUGGAUCGCUCAGCUAUGAAACUGCUCUUCACCAUGUCAGCGACCAGCUUUUGAAGGCGGUCGGAGGUCGUGUGAGCGAUAAGAAGUCUCUGGUCCGCAGCGAGGCGAUAAACUCUCUGGCCAAACUCUGGAGUCUGGCUUACGAGGCCAUCGAGUCGAAUGAAGAGGAUGCCAUCGCACACUUUGGCUGGAUCCCACAAGAGAUGCUACACGCAAUAUUCCGCAAGGAUGUUACGGUCGACCUUCGCACACAGGUCAACACGGCGUUCAAGAAUGUCAUUCUACCAUUGCCUUACAAACCCGAUGAUGAGCAGGCGUGGGUGGACAGCUUCCUUCUGGUCGCGAGCCACCUGGACGAGACCGCCCUCGUUGCAUUGGAACGACUCACCGGCCUCAAGGGGUAUGCGAAGGGCGUGGCGCCUUGGGUCGCGUUUGCCGAGACGUGCAACGAGUUCAACGGCGGCAUGGAUGAAAGCGUGGACAAGGCAGUCAACUCCCGGCUGUCGUACAUCAUUGAGGCAAUCUCGCGCAUGUUCUUUUCUGACCAUGAGAAGGCGAGGGCCGCGCUGGAGACCUUUGCCAAGGCCAACGACAAGAAGCUGUACAAACUCCUUAGGACCAUGGCAGACCCUCAGUCAGACCUGCGCACUAUCAUCAAGUCACGGAGCGAGUUCCUGCGCCGUAUCGAGCAGUCGCACCCAAAUCUCCUCGACACGCUCCUGGUGGUGGUGGAUCACGCCGCAUGGACACUCGUAAAUCAAACAAGCGUUCCCUGUCUACUUAAGCGUCUGCAGAAGCCCGAGGGGCCCAAUUCGGAACGGGUGGGCCAGCUGAGUGCCCGCUUCCUGGCACUAAUCGCUAAAGACUGUGCGCCAAUGUACAAGACCCACAUCGAUCAAUUGCAGAUUGUUAUCAAUGACAGGAAAAACGCAAAGCUCGUCGAGAUUGCCAUCCAAGCAUUGGCUGCGGUGACCAAGUGGGACCCCGAAGCUGGCCCCUCAGACAAGAAGGUCAUUGAGCGUGCCAUGACCCUCGCGCUCUCUGGCACUCCUCGGCAAGCCAAAUUUGCCUCGCGCUUCGUCUCUGUCUGCAGCGAUGACAAUGCUUCCAAGCGGCUCGUUGACACCCUGUGGGAGCAGCUACGAACAGGGGAUAUUGAGAUCGUCUUACCGACUCUAGCCUCACUUGCCGAGCUGGCGAUCUCCGCCUCAGUUGCUUUCCGGCAACACGGCGAUGACAUUGUGCAGUACAUUCAGGACACGGUGAUGCUUCAACCCUCAGAGGACACAACAGAGGACGACUAUUGGGUCGAGGAGGACCAGCUACCCGUACCAGACCGCGCGAAGGUCUACGCCAUGAAGGUCGUUACGCACAAUGCACUGGCAUGGUGCAAAUUGCCCGACGCGAUCGACCAUGUUAAACCUGUGCUUGCGCUGCUCAAUGACGUGACGAGGAACUAUGGCAUUGUCACCGCGGAAACCAACGAGGGGGGCAUGACUCGCUGUCACUUGAAGUUGCGAGCGGCCUGCUCACUUCUUAAGCUUGCCAACGUGCGAUUGUACGACAAAGCUAUGUCCGACUCGUUCGUCAACGUCAGUUUUGUGCUACAGGACGUCAACUUCACCGUCCGCAAUCGCUUUCUCAAGAAGCUGUUUGCCGUGGUGCCGUUGCAACGCCUACUUCCGAGAUGGAAUGCGUUACCGGCCUUCGCAGCCCAAGACCCCGAGAUGGAAAACAUCAUUCUGGCGAAGAGCAUCAUUAAGGCUUCUGUCAACAACGCUCGUAAACUUCGCGAUGACCCAGAAGGCAUGAAGGACCGCAUCGAGGUCCCUCUGGCACGGCUCCUGCACCUUCUGACACAGCACCCGGAUUUGGGCUGGUCAAGCCUGAGCGAGCUCAAAGAGACAGCCAAGUUUAUCGAGCUCUACAUCGAGUGUGUCGCGACGAACCAAAACGUGACGCUCUUGUACUCAGUCGUAGGCAAGCUCAAGACGGUCUGCACGUUUUACCUCUUGCCUGUGGCUGACUUGCAGCACCUGUACAUGCUCUCGGAGCUCUCGCAAAUCAUCAUCCGCAACCGUGCGCAUCAGGCUCAGUGGAACUUGACGAUGUACCCGGGCAAGGUGCGCUUGCCAAACGACAUCUUUGCCAAUCUCCCUUCGGUGGACGUCCAGUCACGGAUGGCGCGUCACACUUUCCUAAGCGAGGAUGUGCAAGCGUGGGCAAAGUCGUUCGGACGCAAAAUGCACGCGACGCAGACUGCUGAUAAUCAGCGCCGCCCAGUGGAGACAAGCCCCGUCAAGGAGCCACGGAAACGGCGACAGGCGACUGGCAAGUCGUCGCCUCGGAAGCGGCGGCGUUCAUCCCGGCACGAGGAAGACACUUCGGACGAGGAGGUUGAGGAGACGAGUGAGGAGGAGAUUGACGUGGGCAUGGCCGAGACGAGCGAAGAUGAGUCGGAGGAGGAGGCCAAUGGUGCGGAAGCGGUCGUGGGUCGCGGAGGACGGCGGUCGGCUAAAACCAAGGCUCAGAAGGCGGUCACGCGCAAGGCUAAACGGGCUUCUGAGAGCAAGAAGAAGACGACGCGCAGGGCCAGCGUGACGCGGUCCGACAGCGACUUGACUGAGCUGAGCGACUAG